UACCACCAUCUAUAAUUGAGAAAUUGAAUAACGCCAAAAAGUACUCAAGGAAAUGCACUUUGCAGGUUGCUGCUGCUAAUGAGUUUGAGGUUAUUGACAAAGAUAGACAUUAUAUAGUUAAUCUUGACACAAGAACAUGUCAGUGUGGCGUAUUUCAGAUUUCAGGCUUACCUUGUAAACAUGCAGCUCUUGGCAUUGCCCACAAGAGAGAUAGGAUGGAAGCAUACUGUGAUCCAAUGUUAAAGACAGAAGCUUAUCUCAAAUCAUAUUCUGAACGCAUACAUCUGUUCCUGAUGAAACUUUUUGGCCACCAAUGAAUGAAAUCCUUCCUACAACCAUUCUUCCUCCGGAUCUUAGAAGGCGGCCUGGUAGACCAACUAGAAACAGAAAAAAAGCAGCUGAUGAAGGUGCAACUUCCCAAUCGAAGAGAUCAUGCACAGUAAGGUGUUCGACUUACAAACAUUAUGGACAUAAUAGAAGGACUUGUCAGGGAGCUCCAGUAAGAGCAAAAGAAAAGAAGGGGAAGGGAUAUGGCCAAAAACAAAAAGGUGGCCCUGGGUUAUCUACUGCUGGUUUAAGUGGAGCUGUUUUAUGGGAACAUGCUACAGGAAAUAUUCCUAUUGUUUUCUCUACUCAAGGAAAUCAAUCUAGUAGCACUCCUUUGUCUACAAAUAAAACAGCUCCUAAUGCAUCACUUAAUGGAGAUACGAUUCCUCCCAGCUUCCUCUUUUGGGGAGUCCAUUUUUACCUUCAAUUUGAAGAACUUGUUGCUGGAAAAUGGUGGGUUGCCGUGAAAGUUCUAUUCGCGGAUGAAUUGGUAAAGGUGCAGAUGAAGAGUUAUUACCUGGGUUAUUAG